AUGUCUAAAACCCUCCUCUCCCUCAUUAAACCCCUUCACAAACCAAAACCCAGAACCCCUUCUCCGACCAACUUCCCCUUAACACGCCGCAGUAAAGAACUCGUUAACGAGGUCUGCCAAAUCCUCCAAACUCAAGACCAGUGGGAACACACUGUCGAAAUCCGCCUUUCCGAGGAAGAAGUUGUCCCUUCCGACAUUGCCCACCAUGUGUUCGACAAACUUAAGGAUGCUCAUGUGGGUCUCAAGUUCUUUGAUUGGGUCUCUCAAAGACCCUACGGUUGUCCCCUUGAUCGUUUUGCUUAUUCUUCUCUUUUGAAACUCUUGGCUAAGUUUAGAGUCUUUCCUGAAAUUGAAACUUUGUUACCCAACUUGACAACUUGUGAAGAUAAGUUGCCCACACUCGAGGCGUUGGAUGCUGUAAUUAAAGCUUACUCUGAUUCUAAUUUGGUUGAUAAAGCUGUUGAAUUGUAUUACUUUGUGUUGAAAACUUAUGAUUUGGUUCCACAUGUAGUUACUGUUAAUUCUUUACUUCAUGGUCUUGUAAAAGAUAGUAAGAUUAAAGCAGCUAGGCGACUGUAUGAUGAACUCGUUGAGAGAAGUGGUGGUUCUGUUGAGAAUAAAUUUUUGGAUAAUUUUAGCACUUGUAUUAUUGUCACAGGGUUGAGUAAAGAGGGGAAGGUUGAAGAAGGGAGGAAAUUGAUUGAGGAUAGGUGGGGUAAAGGUUGUGUACCAAAUGUUGUUUUUUAUAACACAUUAAUUGAUGGCUAUUGCAAGAAGGGUGACAUUAGAAGCGCGUAUAGGCUUUUCAAUGAGUUAAAAUUGAAGAGCUUUUUACCCACAGUGGAGACUUAUGGGGCAUUGAUAAAUGGGUUUUGUAAAGAUGGGAACUUUGGAAAAGUUGAUAUGCUUGUACAGGAGAUGGUUGCAAGGGGUGUGAUUAUUAGUGUCCAAGUGUAUAACUCUAUUAUUCAUGCUAGGUGUAGGCAUGGUUUUACUGAGGAAGCAAUGGACACCGUAAGAAAAAUGAUUGAAGCUGGCAGUAAGCCAGAUAUAGUGACAUACAACACAUUGAUCUCUUAUUCAUGCAAGGAUGAGAAAAUUCAGGAAGCUGAAAAGCUUCUAGAACAGGUUAAGAAUGUUGGGUUGGUGCCAACCAAGUUUACUUAUACUCCUAUGAUACAUGCCUACUGCAAAUUUGGUGAUUUUGAAAGGGCGUUAAGUUUGCUUGCUGAGAUGACGGAGUAUGGUGAUAAACCUGAUGUAUCAACCUAUGGAGCUCUUGUCCAUGGGUUGGUGGUAUCUGGUGAAGUUGAUGUUGCAUUAGUCAUUCGAGACAAGAUGAUAGAAAGGGGAGUAUUACCUGAUGCUGGCAUUUAUAACGUUUUGAUGAGUGGGCUCUGCAAAAAAUUGAAGCUUCCUGUUGCCAGGCAGCUCCUUGAUGAAAUGCUUGUCCAUGGUAUAUUACCUGAUGCUUAUGUGUAUGCCACUUUGGUAGAUGGAUGUGUAAGAAAUGGGGAAUUUCAUGAAGCAAAGAAGCUAUUUGAGAAGACAAUUGAAAUGGGUAUGGAUCCUGACCUUGUAGGGUACAAUGCCAUGAUCAAGGGAUACUGUAAGUUUGGACUGAUGAAAGAUGCAGUUGCUUGCUUCAGUAGAAUGAAAAAGUCAAAAAUAGCUCCUGAUGCAUUUAGUUAUUCAACAGUAAUUGAUGGGUAUGUAAAGCAGCAUGACUUACACCUAGCAUUAACCAUGCUCGCUCACAUGGUAAAGCGCAUCUGUAUGCCAAAUGUGGUCACGUACAGCUCUCUGAUUUAUGGCUUUUGCCAGAAUGGAGAUCUUGUGGGAGCUGAAAAUUUAUUCAACAGAAUGCAAUCAAAUGGUAUGAUGCCUAAUGUGAUAACGUAUAGUAUACUAAUUGGCAGCUUUUGUAAAGUGGGAAAACUUGCAAAAGCAGCUUUUAUUUUUGAACAAAUGCUCAUGCACAAGUGCUACCCAACUGAUGUCACGUUCAAUUAUUUGGUUAAUGGGUUUUCCCAUUGCACGCCUACUAUUUUCUCGGAGGAGAAAAGUGAUCCUCAUGAUGAGAAGAACUCUAUGUUUAUGGGUACUUUUAAAAGAAUGAUAUCAGAUGGAUGGCACCCGAGAAAUGCUGCAUACAAUUCCAUUAUCAUCUGCCUCUGUUUACAGAAAAUGCUCAAAACUGCAUUGCAACUGCGUGACAAGAUGAUUAGUAAAGGUUACACAACAGAUCCAAUUACUUUCGCCGCCUUGUUAAAUGGGAUUUGCUUAGAUGGAAACUCCAAGGAAUGGAAAAAUAUUAUUUCCUGCAGCUUAAUACCUAAGUCGUGGAUUCAGCUCUGA